UUGAAUAUUGGGACACUCUAGCGGGACCUUUCAUAUUUGUGUUACAAGUCUUGGUCUUUUGUCAAGUCGGCUACUUUGUUGAAUUAGUGAGGGGGAAAACAAUACCCACCUCAUUUCUUCCAACAUACUUCACAUAGGCUACUCGAAAUUCUAUCAAUACCUACAUUAUGUUGGGUCGUCUUCCAGCUAUUGUAAUAGAUAAUGGCACAGGGUAUUCUAAAAUUGGUUAUGCAGGCAAUACGGAACCUCAAUCAAUUAUUCCAUCUUGCAUUGCUGUAAGGGAGUACAGUAAAGUAGGAACGAAAGAAACCAGACGUCUUGGAACUGGUCUAGAUGAUCUUAAUUUUCACAUAGGUGACGAAGCAUUAGCACUAGAUGGAAAAAACGACUUUUCAGUUAAGUGGCCUAUUCGUCAUGGUAUAAUUGAAGAUUGGGAUUUGAUGCAACGUUACAUGGAACAGCUUAUCUUUAAGCUACUUCGGGCAGAACCUGAAGACCAUUACUUCCUCCUGACAGAACCACCAUUGAAUACUCCAGAGAAUCGUGAAUAUACAGCUGAAAUAAUGUUUGAAACAUUUAAUGUUCCCGGGCUUUACAUUGGUGUACAGGCUGUAUUAGCGUUAGCUGCUUCAUGGUAUUCUAAUCGAGCUGGUCGUUUACUUACCGGAACUGUUAUUGAUUCCGGUGAUGGUGUUACGCAUGUCAUACCUGUAGUCGAUGGUUAUGUGAUUGGUUCAUGUAUUAAACAUAUACCGAUAGCUGGACGUGAUAUAACAUCUUUCAUUCAACAUCUGCUUAGAGAAAGGGAAAGUCAUAUCCCACCUGAAUUGAGUAUGGAAGUUGCAAAGCAGAUUAAAGAACGUUAUUCAUAUGUUUGUCCUGAUUUACCCAAAGAAUUUAGUAAGUAUGACAGUGAACCAGAUAAAUGGAUUAAACCUCAUGUUGUUUCAAAAUCGGCUAAGUACCCGGCCUUUUCUGUUGACGUUGGCUAUGAACGUUUCCUAGGCCCAGAGAUAUUCUUCCACCCAGAGUUUGUCAAUCCAGACUUUACAACUUCAUUAAGUGAUGUUGUCGACGAAGUGAUUCAGAAGUCACCUAUUGACUCACGUCGUGGACUUUAUGGUAAUAUUGUUUUAUCUGGAGGUAGUUCAAUGUUUAAACACUUGGAUCGUCGUUUACAAAGAGAUAUAAAAAGAAAUGUUGAUAAUCGUUUGAAAAUGACUGAGGAACUUACUGGUGGUCGUGUUAAGCCGAAGUCUGUAGAUGUCAAAGUUGUCUCACAUCCAAUGCAACGUUAUGCUGUGUGGUUCGGUGGAUCGUUACUCGCGAAUGAGAGUGAAUUUUACAACGUCUGUCAUACAAAAGCUCAAUAUGAAGAGUUCGGUCCAGCGAUAUGUCGUCAUAAUCCAGUGUUUGGUACAAUGACAUAAAUGUGAUAUAUAUAUAUAUAUAUAUACAUAUAUAUAUAUAUAUAUAUAUAUAUAUAUAUACAUGAAUCCUUAUUAAUACUAUUUUUCUGAUUUUAUUUUAAAGCUUUUUAUAAUAAUAUAUCGUGGACAUUCUCAGCUACUUAUUUUAAACAACAAGGUAGUCUUAUUUUUAAAAUCAGUUUUAUACUAAACACACUUUGCCAGUACUUUGUGCACAUUGAUUACAACACAUAGCAGUUUGUAAAUGAUUGUUAGAAAUCAGUUUAAAUAAUGCUGUGCUAAUAUAAACCUUUUUUUAAUUUUAUUCAGUACUUUUUCUGUUCAUUAAAUAUUGCAUAUUCUUAAAUAUAUUAAAACUUCCAAAUUAUUUCGAAA